GGGGGCGGGCGCGCCCGGGGCGGCCGGCUUCCCGGCGGCGUUGCUGGCGGCGGCGGCGGCCGCCGGGUUCCCUCCGCUGCCGGCAGCCGCCGCGGCCAGAUUCCCCAGAAUGCCCUUCGGAGGACCGAUGUUUUUCCCUCGGCCGCCGCCGCCGGCGCACGCGCAGUCGUCCCAGCUGCCGCCGUCGUCGUUCGGCCCGCGCAUGCCGGCUCACAGCCGUCGGCCGCCCGCACCGGCGCCGGCACACUCGUCGAAAACGACGGCGCCGCUGCCGCCGCCGCCCCCGUCGCCGCCGCCGCCGCCCAAACCGCCGUCCUCUGCCGGCUCGUCGGCCGGCCCGGCACAGGAUCUGGAGGCGGAGAUGCGGGAGAUGGCCGAACUAGAGGCGCUCGAGAUGGCCUCGUUCGAGGCGGAGGCGGCCGAGGCCGAGGCUCGCUCCACCGCCGACCAGGUGUCGCACGCCAUGGGCAUCCAGCUGCCGAAGGAGCUGCAGAUCACACUGGUUACCAAGGCGUCCAAGUCGGGACGCAAGCGGCCGCCGCCGCCGAAACUGCACCCGAUCCGGCCGGCCGAGCCGCGGGCGGCCGGAGCGGGCGCGGCGCCGGCCCGGUCGUCGGCGCCGCCGCCGCCGCUGCACCCGCUGCAGCCCGGGGUGCCCGUGCCGCCGUGUACGACGGUGGAGGUGGCGCGCACGUGGCGGCCAGAGGGACCGCCCGUCUCCGGCCCGAUCGAGACGCUGGCCAACCGGCAGAGAACGCCACUGGACGCGGCUUCCGGCCCGGGAGAGUCGGGAGCCAAGAAGGCAGGUGCUGAGGUGAUUGGGAAGAAGGUGGGGGAGGGCGCGGUCAAGAAGGUCGGAGAGGGGGCGGUAAAGAAGCUGCCCGAUUUGAAGAAGGUUGGUGAUGUGGCUAAGAAGGCAGACGGACUUGCGACUGCCCGGCCCAAUUCCGAGUCGCGGUUGGCGCCGCCUGUGGACGGUGUGGCUCCUCCGAUCAAGGAGACAAAACUGACUCAGCCGACUCCAAAGCGGCCAGUGGAGGAGAUGCCCGCACCUCCCACAAUAAGUGUAGAACCCCCUCCUGUGAGUCAGGACCAAUCCUCUAGUGGCGUUUUAGCCAAACAGGCUAGUGAUGUGUCGCCGGUGAAAGUGACGAAAGCAGUCGACGACAAGGCUGCUACACCGCAAAAGAGUGACUCUAAGACGAAGAAACCAAGUGAGGUGAAGUCGAAUAGUUCAGGCAUUUCAAAUAGCAGUGUGGGUACAGAGACUGCAACGCCUCACAAGUCGUCGAGCAAAUCCAAAGACGGGAGCAAGUCCAGCUCCAAACACAAAUCUGACAAGAAAUCUCACUCGUCCGACAAGAAGUCCUCGUCCUCGGGUCGACUGAGGACUUCUUCUGAGGACUCGCGCUCGAGUAGUCCGAGCCUCUUCAAGAAGAAGAAAGACAAGCAGCACCGCCGCGAGGAGGGUGGCUCGGCGUCGGUCUCGACGGCCACCGACGGCUCUCAGGUCAGCCCGAUGCCGAAAAUCCCUCCGCUGCGCAUCACAAAGAACAAGGACGAGGGGUACUCGGUGCAGGCCGGCCGGCUGGGCUCGCCGACCAAGGCCAUCACGGGUCCGCCGGCGCUGCUGGCGCUGCCGCCGGCGCCGUCCGCCGCGGCCGGAUCCCCUCCGCCGCCGCAGCAGGCCUCCCCGCAGGCGCGCCCCAAGAAGAGCGAGUCGUUCUACAGCUUCGAGGUGGACGAGGCGGUUCACAUCCGUAACGGAGAGGACGGCCGGCCCAAGUUCGUCUGUGAUAUCUGUCAGACCAGCUACCAGCGGCUGCAUAGUCUCAAACGGCACUACUACCGCACACACAUCAACCACAAGUACAUCCACGAGAGCGACAUGGCCAGCGCCGAGCUGACUGCUCUCGCAGACACCAGCGGCUUCAAGGAGGCCACCGAGCUGGCCGUGGGCUCGCGGCGGCCGUACCUCUACUGCUGCUACCCGUGCCGGUCGCUAUACGACUCCCUACCAGCUGUGGUUGAACACCACGCGGCCGCUCACACGGGCAAGACGCGUGAGGCGCCGCCCGGAAAACGGCUCGAAUGUGACAAGUGUGAUGAGACUUUCGCUACGAAGCGGGACCUGGAGAAGCACCGUGAGGUGCACGCGUGUAGCUCGUUCGCCUGCAAGUUCUGUGAUCAGGUAUUCCCGUGUGAAUCGGUCAAGAAACGACACGAAAAGAUCCACAGCCGUGAGGCGCGACCGGCGGAGGCGGGCUCGGGUCAGACGAUCGCCAAAAUCAACUUCGGCGGUGUCAAGAUCAGCGUUGGUAUCGGAAACCUGCAGCAGCUGAAGAAGUUCCAGGAGGCGUGCAAGGAGGUAGCCAAGACGAGCAACGGAACCAUCAGUCUCGAGUCGGACGACCUGGAGGCGCUGGAGCGCCUCGAGGAUAAACCGGUCGGCGAGCGCUGCAUGUACCCCUGCAACGUGUGCGACAAAAGCUUCCCCACCUACAAACGCAUGUGCUGUCACAUGCGGAUGGCGCACCCGCAUAAGCCCGUGCCCGUGAAGGAGCACGCGCUGGUGGCCCGCCACCGCGAGCAGGGCGAGGGCGAGGUGGAGCGGCAGCGUGCCGCCGACGAGUCGCUCUUCUACGCCGGCGUGCGGGAGAACGUGGCCGACAACCUCACCAACUACCUGGACGGCACGGAGGAGGUGCUGCGCCGCCUGCCGCCGCGCCGCCGCUCCGUCGGGGACGCCGAGAUGGCUCCGGACACCGAGCAGCCCGGCGCCGCCCGCUGUCUGGACGUGGCGUCAGGCCUGUGGGGCCGCCGGGCGGGCACCGCUCCGGCCGCGCCGCCGCCGCCGGCCGACCCCGUGCUGGCCGCGCUCGGUCUGUUCCCGGCCGCUCCACAGCCGCCGCCGGUGGUGAAACAGGAGCCACCCGAACUGCCGCCGGCGGCUGCGUGCUACCGCGCCAUGCGAGAGCGGCUUAUGCAGAAGUCUGCGCCGCCCCCAACAGCGGCUACUGCACCCGCGCCGGCGACGGAGAAUGAGACGGAAGGCGACGAGACGAAACCGGCGGCAGAGGAGAGCGGGGAGGAGAAACCAACUGUGCCCAAACCACCAGCAGACACACCGGAGACCGUCACAGAAAACAUGGAGACUGAGGGAGCUCCGGAGACUGAGGGAGUCCCGGAGUCUGAGGGAGCGGUCGGGGGCGAGCCGGAUGAACAGGAGGGUCUCACCGGGGAGUGGGAGCGUCUCAUGUGUUUCGUCUGCCACGCCUGCGGUGCGGUGUUCGGUAGUCUGUACGAACUGGACGACCACAAGGCAUACCGUCACCCGCACGUGCUGUGCGGUCACACCAGUCUACCGGACGACCUGGAGCUGCUCUCCGAGAGCGUGUUCGGGCAGUAUGUCAGCGGUGUUUCGGCCGAGCGGGACAACCUCGACUUCCCCGUCGAGUGUGUCACGUGCGGCCGCAACUGCAACUCGCUGCCCGAGCUGCACCGGCACAUCCUCGAGUGCGCCGGCGACGCGGACUGGAACACGUGGACCACGCCUAGGAAGCGCAAGUGGCGCGGUUUCGGCGCGCGUCGCCGCCGCCGGUUCCAGAGCCGGCGCGGAAUGAAGCGGAUCCUGACCACGCCGAGCCGACCCAAGCGGGAGAAGCAGCCCAAGCCCAAACAGAACAGAGACACCACGGCUGACACCAUCGAGAAGAUGCUGGCCAACCUGCCGGCCAAGCGGGUCUCCAAGCAGCUGUUCCCCAUGCUGAACCUGGUGCAGCUGCAGAAGCGCCAGCAGAAGCAGCCGUUCUCGGGCGGUGAGCCGGAGGCGGUGGCCGGUCCGAGCGGCCUGUCGGUGCGCACCUCGCGCCGCCUGGCUGCCUCAGUCGAGGAGCCGCCGCCGCCCCCGCCGCCGCCCCCGCCGCCGCCCCCGCCGCCGCCAGAGUCGGCGGGCGGGUCGCGCGGCGGCGGACGGUCGCGGCGCAGCCGGCGCUCCAGUCCGGUGCUGGAGACGGACACGGACUCGACGCCGACGUCAGUGACCUCGGCGGAGCCGCCGACCGACUCUGAGCCGCCCUCUGAGCUGCCGAGCGCGGCGGCCUCGCCCAGGGAAAGCGGCUCGCAGACGGACGCCGACCGGACGGCGGAGGUGGAGGAGCCGGCGGCGGCCGACUCCGCGCAGCCUUCACCGCCGUCAGAGUCUGUGGAUACUGUCGUAGAGGCAGAGAAGGGAGAGACUAACUCUGAGGAAGCGCCAGUGACUGUGAAGGUGGAGGGUGAGACGGAGCCGGCCGCGCCGCCGUCUGUGGACGCCAGCUCCACUGCGGACAGUGUCGAGUCGUCGGACGAUAUGGCGGUGACGGCUGUGACCGCGGCGGCGGCGGCAGCGGCGGCCGCCGCGCUGGUGACGGACGCUGAUGACGCGCCGUCGGAUGACGCCGGGACGGUCGAGGCGCCGGCGCCGGACGCUGUGAAAGUGACUAUGGAUGAUGGGUCGGCGGAUAGUGGUACCACCGAGCCAAUUACUCAGGGAACGACGCCUUCUGAUCUCAGUGCUAGUGAAGGCAAGCUGAACGGUGAGGACGCGGCGGCGGAGGCGACGAGCGUCGAUACAGACGCUGCGGAUGCAGUCGCUGUCUCGUCAGUUCCGUCAACCGAUGGAGCGGCCGACGAGCAGAAACCCAAAAAAUCAACUCCGACCAAAUCAAAGAGCAAAAAAGCAAAUACACCAGCAAAGAAAACUCAAGCCAAACCAGAUCUCAAAUCUGGAGCCAAAGCCGGAGCAAAGACUGAUUCCAAGCCUGGUGCUAAAGCGACGGUGGCGGCUGGGGCGAAGGCUAAGAGCGCUCAGCGGAGUGCCAGCCUGCCCCGGCCGGCCGCUCGGGACCGGAGCGGCGCUGCGUCCCGCUCCCAGUCGAUGGGCCGCGCUGCGCGCCCGGCGCCGAGCCCCUCACCUUCCGUGCCGCGGUCCCGGCGCAGCAGUCCGGCGCCGUCUGUCAGCUCCGCGGCCUCCGCGGCGCCCGCACAGACGCCGGGGGCGGCCAAAAAGGGUCGCCGCGUGCAGCCAGAGGGAGCAACUGCACCCAAAACUACUAAGAGGAAGGGUGAUGGGCCGGCGGGACCGCCAGCGAAGGUACGAGCCAAGCAGAGCCCUGGGAAGGGUAAGGCGGCUGGGAAGGCAGCGACCGCGGCACAGAAAGAUGUCAAGGAGGGAGAGAAAGUGAAGGAGGAGCCUCAAGUCUUCGAUGAAGUGCAAGACGAGACUGAGACUCCGCAGGAAGCUGCAAAAACGCCUCAAAAGACGGCGGCCACGGCCAAGAAGUCAGCAGACACUCCGGCACGAAACAAGAAGAAGGCUGCUGACAAGUCGCCUCAGGGUGGUAAAGCCAAGAAGGCGAAGAAGGACAAAGAUGAUUCUGAGAAAGCAGCGACAGAGGCAGUUGAAUCUGCCCCUGAGGCCAAGGACACCAACACUCCUCAGAAGAAAAGCAAGUCGAAAGCUGCUACCAAAGAAAAGACGGAAGCUGCUCAGGCUGCGACAACACCGGGCGAUGCGAAAGAAACCGACGCGGAAGCUCCACCUAAGAAGACUCCCGCAAAGCGUAACCGAUUGACGACCAAGAAAGGCUCCACCAAGAAGGCAAAACAGGACGCGGCAGCCGCUCCACCCUCUGAAAGUCCGAAAGACGAGCCGACCGUGGAGACCGCCGACUCAAUGGCGCCUCCGGCGGACGCGCAGACUCCGCCCACUCCGGCCGCAGCAGACGCCAUGGAGACACGCUCGUCACGACCGGCGUCACCGGAAGUGACGGAACGCAGCCGGAAGCGGGCUCCUUCCGGUGACACCGGUGACGGCCGGAAGCGCAGCCGCCGUCUGAGCGCCGAGUCCCGUGCGGGGAGUGAUCUGGGUACUUCUGGCGCCGCCCGAGAGGCUGGGGAUGACAUGUUCACAGUCUCCCUCACCACCGGCCGCACCCGCACCGUGUACACGUGCAAGAAGUGCUGCCAGAAGCUGUACCGUCUGUCCACGCUGGAGCGGCACAUUCAGAAGUGCUGCGAUCUGGCUGACUUCAGUCUGCGCUCGCUGAUGGACGCGGCCAGUCAGGCGGAGAGCGAGCUCGAGUGCCCGUUCUGCGCCAAACCGCAGGCGAGCUCUGACGAGCUGCAGCGGCACGUGGACGGCUGCCGGGAGGCCGAGGGCGCCCGGACACCGGGUGGUGAGUCUCAGGUGGACGCGCAGGAGACCAAGGAGGCAGCGAAGGAGCAGCAGGGGACGGAGGAGGAGACGCAGAAGGCGGCAGGGAAGCCGCAGAAGUCGGCGAAGGGGUCAAAGAAGGCGCAAAAAGACACGAAGAAGGCUGCGAAAGAAGCGACCAAGGCAGCGACAGAGACUGAGAAGGCCACGAAAGAGCCAGGGAAGCCACCGAAGGGAAAGAAGGCGGCGAAAGACGCUCAGAAGCCGGAAAAGGAGACCCAGAAGUCACCUAAGGAGUCGCCAAAAUCACCCAAGUCACCGAAAUCCCCUAAGGAAGCACCUAAAUCACCCAAGGACGCUCAAAAGUCGCCGAAAGGGUCACCGAAAUCACCCAAAUCACCGAAGGACUCGCAAAAACUGCCGAAGCCAUCACCCAAACCACUGACUGAACCUCUCACUGUGGAGCCUCCCGCGGACGAGCCGCUGUCUUUGAAGGACCUUUCGCCACGGGAACCGCCGACGCUGAAGGAGCCGUCGCCGCCGCUUCGGGAGCCUCCGCCUCUGGAGCCUCCGACCCUGAAGGAGGAGAGACAGCUGGAACCGCCAGCUCUGACCCCGCCGGCUCUGGCGCCGCCCACCCUGGCUCCUCCGGCUCUGGCGGCGCCGGUCCUGGCGCCGCCUGCCCUGGCACAGCCGGCAGAUCAGACUCCGAGCGAGACAGUCACCGGCCAAGCGGUUGAUGGGAAGGAGAUUAAACAGGAGAUGUCUGAUGGGAAUGAGAUUACCCAGGAGAUGUCGGCCGCGGCUCCUGCUGCCGUCCCAGCCCCAGUGCCGGCGCCGGUGUCUGUGCCGGCCGCGGAGCAGCUGUCCCCGGGAGCCCAGGAGGUCACCUCGUCCACCGACGGCGACCUCCCGGCCGAGACGGCUCCGUACCCCGCCGACGAGCCCGUCUCCUCCACCGACCCCGUCACCUCGUCCCGAGCCGCCGAGCCGGGCCAGGAGCCUCCGCAGGCCGCCGAGGCCGCGCGGCCGCCCCGCCGCGAGAUGACGUCUCCCGCUGCCGCCGGACCGCCCAAGCCGCCGCCGGCCGGCGCCGCUCCGGCUGCCUUCCAGUGCAGUCGGUGUCAGAGACAUUUCCUGUCAGCAGCGCGGCUGACGGCGCACAAAAGCCGCGGCGUGUGCGAGCCCGUUCAGCGGCCUCGAGAGGAGCGGAUCAGCAAGAAGGAGAGUCUGUUCAGUCUACUCCACAAUCUGAAGCGGGAGUUCCUGGCGGCGUCACUGUCAGAGAUGAAGUCGAGCGUUGAGGCGACGGACGCCAGUUUGGAGCAGAUCCAGCUCAUCUGGAGGAUUGUGGACAAGUUUAUCGGCUGCCUCUGCGACCGCGACACCGAAUGGGAGCACGAGAUGGACAAGAAGCGGUACCUGCGCGUGCGGCUGCUGCAGCGGGUGAAGGCGAUGGCUGUCGGACGCGACCGAGACAACACCGAGGACAACAUGGACGCCGUGCUGCUCGGGCUCGACGAGCUGAUGCGCAACGACGACGUGCUGCGCUUCCUGCGCGAGGUGCAGGGCCGCUGCCGGCGCGACACGCACAUCGUCCAGAGCAUGGAGCGCGAGGGCCUGUUCGGGUUCGGCGCGCGCGCCGCCGACAAGCGGCUCUGGGGCGCCGAGGACGGUCACCGGGCGGCCCCGGCGGCGGCCGGUGAGGAGCUGGGCGCCCCGCGCAGUCCGCGCCGGCCCCACUGCCCGCCGCAGCGCAACCGCAGCCCGCGGCCCGCCAGCGUCAUAGAGACCAUGCGGAACAACUUCAACCAGGGCCAGGACGGCGGCGCGAGCGGUGGCGGCGGGGCGGGGCUGGCGCUGCCGGCGCCUCAGCCCGAGGCGCCGCCCCCGCCGCCGCCCCCGCCGCCGCCCGAGCUGCCGGUGGACUACUACGACUACCCGCCGCCGCCGCCGCCCGGAGCGGGCGAGGAGUUCCUGUGCGGUCCGCCGCCGCCGGCCGACUCUGCGCCCCUGCCGCCGGUGCGGACUCUGAUGGCCGAACAGGCCAGCUCGUCAGGACUGGGCUACAUCAUGAGCACUGUGAACUCUGUGCUGGAUGACGACAACAGUAACCUCAGUGUGACUUCAUCUGCCGCCUCUCUGGGCGCCGCCGACACCCGGGAGGGUUUUUCCGCCGCCGGGCCGACAGAUUUUACCAUGGAGCCGGCACUGCAGCAGGCCAUGGGUAUCACCGAUGAGGAGAUGACCAUGCUCGAACAACUCGGCUCCUGCAACAAGGCCGAGCUCGUCUACGACAGCGGCUCGGCAGACGGACAGCUGCCUCCGCCGCCGCCGCCGCCGCCGCCCGCGCCCGCGCCGUCCGCGCUGCCACCGCCGCCGCCGCCCCCGCCGGCAGCGGCCGUGGCGGCGGCGUCGGACGCGACGGCGGCGGCCGAGCGACGACGGGAGGAGGACAUUGGAGGCGAGUUCGAGUGCCCGAUCUGUGACCGGCGGUUCCGCGGCCGCGCCUCCGUCCGCCAGCACCUCAUGUGGCAGCACCGCGCAUCGCAGGGCAAAGUGGCGCGCAAAAUCGAACACCUUGUGCCCAUUCAGAUUAUCCCGGCCAGCCAGCGGAACCAGGCGUGUUUCGUGUGCGGUGAGCUGAUUCGCGACCCGCUGCACCUGAACUUACACAUCGCGCGACAGCACAUCCGACGCCCCCAGCCGGGUGCCGACCGGAGCGGGCUCAAAUCGCAGAUGACCUCUGCGCUGGGUGGUCUGUUCGACCGGGCCAUCACCAACAUGCUCGGCAAGAGCAAGAUCUCCAAGAGCAAGGGCAGCUCGGACGCCAAGAGCUCCCCUCAGAGCACGGGUCGGUCGUCUCCGGCCGGCGCCGCCGGACCGUCGGCGGCGGACGGCGCGGCCUCGCCCGCCUCUGUCCCCGCCGGCGGAGCGGUGACGUACCCGCUGGCCGUGGGCCGCCUGGACAGCUCCAGUCUGACCAACCAGCCGUACGCGUGCCGGCUCUGCGACGAACGAUUCAAGCAGGCGAGCGGCCUGGGUCGCCACAUCGCCUCGGCGCACAAGCACGUCAAAAUCAACCUGUCUGACCUGGGUGACGUCAAAAAGUGUCCGCUGUGUGACGUCAUAUUCGAGAACAUGGCGUCGGUGGCGCUGCACGCGCAGCUGGCGCACAAGGAGGCCGGAGUCAGCCGGCGCGAUAUCAUCGCUCUGGCGCUGCAGAAGGACCAGGACUCGGCCUCCAGUCUGGUUCAGUGCCCGGUCUGUGGGGACAGCUACCCGAUCUCGGGUUCUGCCGGCCUCACCCGGCACAUGGCGCAGACGCACAAACACUGGCGGCUGGCGCUCGAUGUGGUCGACGGAGAGAUCAAGUUCGUGUGCCACUGUCAGAGCGACCUGAGCGGGGCGCCGCCGCUCGUCAAACCGGUCAUCAUUAAAACGCUGCGCGAGGACAAAACGGACGACUCCCGUACCCUGGAGGAGUACUCCCGCCCCGGGUCGACAGCGGGACGCGCCGCCUCCGCUGGAGGCCCUCCUGGAAAGGCAUCUCCGGCGCCCACGGACGAGGUCGAGAGCCCCUCCCUGCUCGACAUCUCAAACUACACGCCGACCAAGCCGGGUCCGUCCCAGCCUGCUACGUCUGGGGCCGCCCCUGACGCCGCCGCGGCGGCUGACGGGGCGCCCUCAGAGGCCGGUUCGGAGGAUACCUCGGCGGCGCCGGCGACCGCGGAGGACGAGGAGGGCGACUUCAUGUGUUCAGAAGCUGAUUGGGCCAGUCUGGAGUUUUCUGACACUAACAGCAACGCUAGCGGAGCCAGUGAGAUAAACAACUUCUCUUGCUCAGAGUGCGGCAUCAGCUUCUGCACGCCGCAGAAGGUCGUGGCUCACAUGGAGAGCGAACAUCCGCUCAACUCGGCCACUGUCACUGUGCCUGGACUGGAGGAUACGCGGUCGGAGGCAUCCGAGGAGGACGGGGACUCGGACAGUAAGCUGCUGUCCGAGCUGGUGGAGGCCCAUCCGUACGGCUCGGCGCUGGCCGAGCUGGCGCGUCAACUCAAACAGGCGGAGCGGCUGGCCUCGCCGAGCUCCCGCCGCCAGCCGCUCUCCGACGAGCAGCUCCAAAAGUGCCUCCAGCUCACCGCACGGAUGCGCAAAGGAGGCGUGUCGCGCCCGGCGACCGCCCGCGUGCCGCGCCGCACCGGCUCCGGCACCAUCGAGGGCAGCUCCUCUCGCGUGGAGCGCGUCGACCGCGCGUCCAGUCUGAAGAUCAUGAGCAUGCUGCAGCGCGUGGAGCGUCGGCCGGGCCGGCGCGUGGCCGCUGAGCAGCCGGACGACCCGCCGGCCGACCCGUACCAGUUCACGGAGGACGGGGAGCCCCGCCGACCGGCCGUGGUGCGAACGUACGCCCGCAGUCGGCUGCCGAGCAGCGCCAAAAGCGCCACACCGGCGGCGGUGACCAGGACGCCGCCGACGCCCCGCAGGGAUAUCGCCAAACCCACCCAGAUUCUGGAGUCGAUGAAGCAGAACUUCAACGAGCCGACUAUGCCCGCCGCACCGAUGACGCUUGGGAGUGAGGUGGGUGAACCGACGCCAACUCCGAUCUCUACACCGGUGGCUGUGAUAGGGGAGGGUGCAGAGGUGAAGACGGAGAAAGCGGAGACCAAGGAGCGCCGCUCGCCGACCAAGCGAGUGCGGCCCAAGAAACCAGUGACGGAUGAUGGGGAUCUGGACCGGGUAAUCGAGGAGGUCAUCCGCUCCUGUGCCGUGGAGGAGGGAGGAGACGCCAGUCAGGAGGCGUCCCAAACGCCGGCCGCGCCAGCGGAGAAGGCGACUGACGUGUCAGAACCUCCCCCAUCAGCCACCAGCGACUCGGCAAAGGCGAGGCUCGAGGCUCCCCCCAAGGAGACUGAGAGCUCCCCCAAAGAUGAGGCAAGUCGCAAAGAUGAUGGCGCGAUCUCGGACUCAGAGAAAGCCGAUAGCGCGUCAAGUAAAUCGGCGAAAGAUGUGACGAACGGUGGUGCAGCGGGUGCUAGUGAAAGUGACGCGGGUGUGACGACAGCGACGGUGACGGUGACGGCGGGGUCGCCGGGAGAAGGUGAGAGCUCGACCUCGACCGCCGCCGACUCGGACUCCAAACCGGACCCGCCGCGGCCGAGGCCGAAGCCGGUGGCGCGGCCGGUGCCGGCUCCAGCUCGGAUUCCGAGCGAUGUCGAGGCCCAGCUGGCCGACUGGGACGCGUAGUGAGGCCGCCGCCGCCGCCGCUGGGCGGCAUACAGCGCACCCACCCAUCACAGUCUUUCCACGCGCCGCGCGCGCAUCCCGCCACCGCCUCUAGGGCCACCGCCCGCCAGCCGGGCACAGGGUAACUGCUAGAACGAGCUGCUUGCUGAACUAGCAGGCAUCACACUCAGCACACGUCUUUGUCGGUGCUGUGAAGUGGAGGAUGUUUGAGUAAUUUUGCCGAGCGAUGCCGCUCCGUUCUCUUUCGGUAUGAAUGUGGUGUGUUUGGUAGCAUGAAUUCAAAUGUGUUUGAACUUUUGUAGCGACCCGUAAUCACAAGUGUAUCUCUUGUACUGUCCUGUCUUUUUGGGAGCGUUUUCCAGUUGGGCACGGACGGAGCUCCGCUCACGGCGGCGCCGGUCCGCCCCGUCAGGUGUAGAAUUUGUGAUAUAUCUGCGCGCCGCGCCAUACCGGUAGUACAGACGCCGCGCACUGCGCGCGCGCGGUGUCCCAAUACAUAUCUAGUCGGGCGGGCGGCGCUGCGCCCGGUGCAGGGGCGCAGCGCCGCCGCCCCGCCCGCUGCCGCCGGCUGAAGGUGUGUGACAAUGUGCAUGAUGUAAUCUGAUCGUGGGCCCGUGCCGGCCCGUCGUGGCAUUCAAUAUAUACUAUUCUUAUGUA